AUGCUGGCGAUAUCUACUACGUUUGAUGUUGUUGAGCGGACCUCAAAGGACAAUAACAAGACACUACAGCGUACCUCGAAUAACACCAGAUGCCUCAACCUAGGCUCCUACAACUACCUUGGCUUUGCUGCAGCAGAUGAGUACUGCACAACACGUGUUAUUGAGUCUCUCAAGAAAUACUCAGCAAGUACCUGCAGUGUUCGUGUCGAUGGCGGUACGACCAAGCUUCACAAUGAGCUGGAGGAGUUGCCUGCGCGUUUUGUUGGAAAGCCUGCUGCUAUCCUAUUUGGCAUGUGUUAUGUUACAAACUCUGCCAUCAUUCCAUGCCUAAUUGGAAAGGGCGGACUGAUAAUUAGUGACUCUCUGAAUCAUAACUUAAUUGUCAAUCGCGUAAGAGGAUCCGGUGCAACUGUUAGGGUUUUCCAACAUAACUCCCCUGCUCAUUUGGAAGAGGUCCUGAGAGAGCAGAUAGCUGGUGGUCAACCAUGGACACACAGACCAUGGAAGAAUAUUAUUGUCAUUGUUGAGGGUAUCUAUAGCAUGGAAGGGGAGCUGUGUAAACUCCCUGAGAUUAUAGUUGUCUCCAAGAAAUACAAGGCCUACACAUAUCUGGAUGAGGCCCAUAGCAUUGGUGCUGUUGGGCAGUCUAGCCGCGGUGUUUGUGAGCUCCUUGGGGUUGACCGAGCUGAUGUAGAUAUAAUGAUGGGUACUUUUACCAAGUCUUUUGGAUCAUGUGGUGGAUAUAUUGUCGCGUCAAAUGAGAUAAUUCAGCACCUUAAACAUAGUUGUCCGCCCCAUCUGUAUGCUACUUCCAUGUCGCCACCAGGAGUCCAACAUGUUAUUUCUGCUAUUAAAGUUAUCCUUGGGGAGGAUGGCUCCAAUAGAGGUGCCCAAAAACUUGCUCGCAUCCGCGAGAAUAGUAAUUUCUUCAGGUCAGAGCUCAAGAAGAUGGGUUUUGAGGUUCUUGGUGACAAUGACUCUCCUGUCAUGCCCAUAAUGCUCUACAAUCCAGCUAAGAUUCCUGCAUUCUCUAGGGAGUGCCUUAGACAAAAGGUUAUUGCUGUUGUUACUGUUGUGUUUCCUGUGACACCUCUUCUUGCUAGGGCACGCAUAUGCAUUUCUGCUUCACAUACUAGGGAGGACCUGAAUAAAGCCCUUGAUGUUAUCAGCAGAGUUGGCGACCUUGUGGGCAUCAAAUUCCAUGCAGAACCACCAAAGAUUGCUGGAGCUGGUCAUGAUAAGUUGGAGUAGGAAUCAACCCUUAGUUGCCCCAUGAGUGAUUGAAGUUGUUAGAAUCCCCUGGAGUUGUCAACAAAUCAUUAUGGAAAGAAGCACAUAUUGAGUCAUUUCAUUUGGAUCUUGUCAAUACACAAGAGUCCAGGAUCCAUCAUAUUAAGUGGACUACUGUUUGUUGAUUGUACAACUAUUCUUCCAAUUGUGUAUAACUGGUUGAAAUUCAGUUGUUCUGUUGUUAAUCCAUUCCCAAUAUGUAAUACAAUUAGAGGCAAUAUAAACUUCGAGUAGAACAUUACUGAGUUUCCCUUGCAGAUCACUGACGACUAUUGGUCUCUUGCUUUCAUGUAUUUUUUUACCUUUUGACAUGGGAUUAGUAGAUGUCUCUCUACACUUUAUAUGAAGAUAAGAAUUAUUUUUUAUUCA